AUGUCGAAAAAGAAAAGUCUCGAAAAGCAGCAGCUGAUCGAGGAACUGCAUGCUCCCGCGAGAAGAAAUUUUCCACGAAGACGCGUCAUAAUUUGCGGAUACGAUGACCUGUGGCAGGCGGAUGUGGUCGAGAUGCGUCCUUAUACGCGAUUCAACAGAGGCUACCACUACAUUCUCACCGUUAUCGAUGUGCUGAGUAAGCAUGCAUGGGCCGUACCUCUCAAGGCCAAGAGCGGAAUAAUGAAGGCAUCAGUCGUCGAGCGGUUCAAUCGUACGUUGAAAAACAGUAUGUGGAAGCAGUUUACAUACAAUAAAAACUAUAGAUGGAUCGAUUUGCUACCGCGUCUCAUGUCUGAAUACAACGCGCGAAAGCAUCGAACUAUCGGUAUGCGACCCAUCGACGUCACUCCCACAAUCGCCAACAAGCUCUUGGCCUUGAGAGGUACGGCCCAUGCAUGCUUACUCAGCACAUCGAUAACG